UCGAGUCCACAAGCUUGAGAUUAUCAACUCAAAACCAGUAAAAUUGAUUAAAUAAUCAGGCCAAUGAAGACAAUCGACGUCGCAUUAGUAAAGUUAUCACUUGGAAAUAAGAAAUACGAUCAGGAUAACCAGAAAAUCAGAAUGAAACUUUUAUCUCUGCGUCCGUCCGAAAUUCGAUACAGCCAGGACAGCAUCGCGAGGACAUUUAGACAUGGACGCCAUUCUGGAAUCGCGAUCGGACAGACAUUGGACGAUCUAGUAGGAAACAAUUGUACAGUGCACGAUAUUCCCACAAUAACCGUAACUUUACGUGACGGUCUGUGGUACUGCGGCGACAACAGACGACUCUGGGUGUUCCGAAAGUGUGAGGAACUUGGAAUCAUCGAAAGAGUUCCUGCAGUAGAAGGGUCUCUUGAACCCUAUAAAUUCACCACUGAUAAUUUUGGUGUAUCUAUACAUGUCCGCGGUGAUCCUGGUGGACAGAUAUGGACACAGAGACACCGUGAAGUCCUUGCUAUCAGUGACCAGACUACUUGGGUGAUUGACAAGGACCUCUCAACAGUAAGUAAUUCGACUGAUUCUGAUGAUGACGAAGUUAAAGUGAAAGAACCAGAAACCAUUGACAAGUUAUUAACAUCUUUAUGGAUGUUUGGAUUGUGUUGCUGCGAAUUCAUUGUGGUAAUAUUUCUGCUUAUAUUUGUAUUUAAUUUCUUUACUGGCUGA